AUGCCUGAUUUGAAUAUCAUCUCAUUGGAUAAUUACUAUUCCAUCAUUGCAAGAGGUUUAGUCCUAGUUUAUAUUGCAUAUAGAUCAUAUUCACACAAAUCAUUAACAAAUUCAGGUAUAUUAGCAGCUUUAAUCACAGGUUUCAUUCAUUCAUUACCUCCAUCAAACUUAUACCUAACUUUAAUUGUCACUUUUUACUUAACUUCUUCAAAAGCUACAAAAUAUAAAGAAAAUAUUAAAUCUAAAUUAACUAAAACACCAAAAGAGAAAUCUUCAUUAACUAAAUCUCAUGAUCAAAGAACUCAUAUCCAAGUAUUAUCAAAUUCAAUAGUUGCCACUAUAUUACUUAUUGCCCUAGUGUUUACAACAAAUGAACGUUAUCAAACAUUAUUGAAAACUGGUAUAAUAGCUCAAUAUACUGCAGUUAUUGCAGAUACUUGGUCAAGUGAAUUAGGCAUAUUAUCAAAAUCAGACCCUUUUUUAAUUACAACUUUCAAGACAGUUCCACCAGGUACAAAUGGUGGUGUAUCUAAAGUUGGAUUAUUAAGUGGUAUUUUAGGCUCAGCUUUAAUUAGUGGAGUUUCAAUAUUUUCAUUUGAAAAUGAUAAAAUUUCACAUUUUAUUUUCUUUACAAUUACAGGAUUAUUAGGUACAAUUAUCGAUUCAUUAUUAGGUGCUUUAUUACAAGCUUCAAUUGUUGAUAAUCAAGAAGGUAAAAUACUUGAGGCAUUAGGUGGUGGAAAAAUCACAAAUGAAUAUUUACAAAAUAAUGAUAAAGUUAAAAUUGUAUCAGGUUAUGAUUUAUUAAGUAAUAAUGGGGUUAAUGUAUUAAUGGCUACAAUUACAACUUUAUUGUCUAUAGGUCUUUAUUCUAUAUUGUUUUGA